GCACGCGUGUGUGAAUUGUGCUACGAUAUAUACAAAGAAUAAUAAUAACAAUAAUAAAUUUCGAAAAAAGCCUAUAGAAAUAUUUUUUUUUAAAGAAAUUUACAGUGUGGUGCCCGCCUAUAAAUAGAACAGUCCAAACAUAUAAAAACUAAACUCUUGUGCUAUAGAAGCUGAAAAGUUUGGCCCAAAUUGACGACCUUCCUCCAGAAUGCCAAUCAAAGAUAUAUUGCAGCGAUGCAGGCCCAUACCCCUGUAUGUGGUGCUGGUGCUAUCGAUCUGCUACUUUGUGCUCCAGCUGGCUCUCAGCCACAUAACGCACGCUCUGACACUGCUCAUGGCAUCGUACCACAUGUUGUGCAACAUAUUCGCACUGGGCGGCUGCAUCAUAACAAUUAAGCACAGCAAAAAGAAUCAGGAAGAGCCGGCGGCCCAAGGGCAGACCAAACUAAAUGGCACCAACGGUGGUGUCGUUGUCCAACUGGGCGAGACGGAAGAUCAGAAGGAGGCCAGGCGGGAGUGCCGGGAGCAGAAGCUGCGCAAUACCUUCGGCUGGGCCAGAAUCGAUAUACUCACCAUGCUGAUAGUGUUCAUCAUUCUGGCCUCGCUCUCCUUCUCGCUGGUGGUGGAGGCUCUGCAGACGCUGGUGCACAUCGAUCACCAGGACACGAUGCACCUGCCCAUACCCGUGAUGAUGCUGGGCUUUGUGGGUCUCAUAUUGAACGGGCUGACCUACCUGCUUAUCGGUGGCUAUACCCUGCACCAGGGCAGCUUCCUCCACUUGACGCCCGGCGGCAAUGUCGUCCUCGAGCGCUCCAUGUCCAGCACCAUGGAUUUGUCGCUGAAGCCCAUGCAGCGGCAGUUGAGCAAGUCGCGGAACGAUCGCCAGCUGCGUGAGGAGCUGGAGGCGGAGGUGGGCAGUGUCUACUUUGCCACCAAGCGGCAGGGUGCCGUCGAGAUGUUGCGGGAUGUGUCCAGCACCAUUUUUGUGAUCGUCUGUGCGGCCAUUGUCUAUGUGGCGGAGGAUGAACAGCAUACGGCCAAAUUUAUUGAUCCGGUGCUGUCCAUCUUCUCGUGUAUCCUUCUAAUUUCGCUCAGCUAUCCCUACAUGAAAGAAUCCUGCCUUAUUUUGCUGCAGACCAUUCCCGGCUCCAUCGAUCUGGAGAUCUUUGAGCGGACGCUGGUCACCAAAUUCCCGGAGAUAGUCAGCUAUCAUGAUCUGCACAUCUGGCAGCUGGCUGCCCAUCGCUACGUGGCCACCAUACACAUCCAGUUCCAGAAUCCCAAGCUCUACCUGAAGAUCAUCGAACAGGUGCGCACGUACUUCCACGACCAGGGCAUCGGCGCAGUCACCAUCCAGCCCGAGUUCUAUCCGUCCACCAAUAAGAAUGCAUCCGCCUCACUGGAAUGCCUGAUGCAGUGCCAGGCGGCAGAGUGCAUCGAAAAGGUGUGCUGUCGGGACUCACGUACGGACCUGCGUGAGAUUAGCGAUAGUCCAGAUGGUGGCAAGUCCAAGUCUUCGCAUUGCCAUGGCCAUGGGCAUGGUCAUGGACACGGGCAUGGCCAUGGCAAGGGCAAGUCCGAUUUGAGUGCUGUGGUUGUGGAGAAGCCCAAAGAACUGAAUGCAGCCCAACUUAUGAAGAGACAAGUGGCAGACGAAGCCAAGGCCAAGUCUCAGAUGGAGCCGGCCACAGAUCGAGCUGCAUCUGAGCUGAAAACUGCCUCCAAGGCCACAGGUCCCACAGAAGACAGUCUGCCUUCGCCUCCGCCUGCCCCUGCAGCGACGAGUAGCAACGAAAAGUGCCAAGAGCCUCCCUCCCAAUAGAUAUA